AUGUCACAGGAGCCGUUCGUCCACCACCCUUUGGAAGACGCCAGAAAGCAAAUUCGACUCCUUCGCUUCAUUGAUACUGAUAAAGAGGACAUCGCUUGCGAGCUCUCGAAUGUCGACAUUGCAUUCUCACCACCGUAUGCUGCGAUAUCCUACACAUGGGCGUCACCACAAGAUCCUCGCAGAAUCGAAAUCAAUGGCAAGGACUUCAACGUGUGGCAGAACUGCCACUACGCCUUGACACAAAUCGCGCCUCAUCUCCAAGCUGGACUGAAGCAUUUCUGGCUGGACAGCAUCUGCAUCAACCAGAACGACCUGGACGAGAAAGCGCUGCAGGUCGAGAUGAUGGCAGAUAUCUACACACGGGCGGAGACUGACAUGGCUGCGUGGAUUCGAUUACAACCUCUCGAGGCCCGCUACAAUCAGUCACUUGCAACAGAUCAUAUGAGUGAACUUCAGUCCCGAAGAGGGACAUAUGAUCUUGAAUUCGGCAGGAAGUCAACAGCAGCGUAUAUUGCAUUUGGCAACAGAGAGAACUGGCAGAGGAUGUGGAUCGUGCAAGAAGCUCGCCUGGCGGAGAACUGCACUCUCUUCUGUGGCCCUGACAGCAUCGAUUUGGCAGACUUUGCCACGUUCCUGAGAGCUAUGAUGAACGACAAGGCGGCUGACACGGAUAUCUGGCUGGCGACGUGGCUUCUCACCGAUAUGUGGCGAGUCAUUGCUGGAUCUUUGCAUCUGCCCAGGAAAGCUAAAGCAGGCGGGAAUGUACGGCCGUUGGCUCUGUCGAAGGCUCUGGAGACGUUCGAUCAGCACAAGGCGAGCAAUUUCAGAGACCAUCUGUAUGCCUUGGCGAAGGUGACAGAGUGGCCUGAUGGUGGUCCGCCGCCGAGACCAGAUUACCGCGCCACGAAAUUGGCGUUGCUGAGGGAAGUUCUGCAGCGUCUUGCUAAAGUGAAUUGGGCUGAACAUCGCUGCUAUAAGGCCAUAGGCAGACUUCUUGCGGCGUUCGAUAUGACGGUGCAUGAGCCCGAGAUGCAGGCCUUAUUGCGGCAGCAAGAUCAAGCAACGCAGCAAAAGGUCGCCGACUCCACUCAAGGAUCACAUCCCCUGUUCCUGUACGCUGGCGAGUUCUUACGCAGACCAGCAGGAUGUCGUAUCCGUCGUGCUCUUGAUGGCUCCUUCACAGCAAACAUCGCCAACUCCAACAGGGGCCGAGAGUUGUUCGAAGAAGAGAAAGCUCGGAUCUGGACCUCAAGAGCCGGCAUGCCUCUGUACGUUGACGAUGAGAUAGCUGGCUACCUAUGCCCACAAACAGAGCCAGAAGACGUCCUCCUCCAGAUCGAAAAUGGCAACGGCCUGCCCAUAUGGCUUGUCAUCAGAUCCAAAGACACCCACGAGCCAGAGCCUUCGUUCACCAUCAUCGGCCCCGCCCUUGCCAACCCUGGCUUCGCCGUCCAAUCCACCGAACGCACAGGCUACACAGACAUGUACGACCACUCCGGGAUCCCAGAAGCGCAGAGAAACAUGCCAUCCGUGUUUGAUCUGUGGUUUGAUCAAGAAGAGUUCCUGCACCGUUCGACCGCCAAAUUCUUGCGACGAGCCUCCAUUAUUGCGGAAGACACACCCUCCGCACCCUGCCGCCUCCUCGCCCUUCCUCGCGAGUUGCGCGACAUCAUCUACGAAUACACCUUCACUUCGUUCGAACGCAACAUCCGCAAGCGACUCAAGCGCGAAGCCAAGCCGACAGCAGGAAAUUGCAACGCCAGCCUAGUCCUCACCUGCAAACAAAUCCACGCCGAGUCCAUCAAAGCAUACUACCUGCAUACUAUAUUCGCGAGUCUUUUCGUGUCCGAUCUUCGACAGUGGAUCGACAAGCUACCCGAUCCGGCCCGCAAGGCUCUCAAGCACGUCAAGAUGAAAAGGGUCGCCCACUGCUGCUCGAGUCGAGAGUCGAUCAGGGCGAGCGAGGAGAGGCGAAUUCGUGAGGCAGCACUGCGCAAGCUGCAAGACUUAGGCAUUCCUGUUGAGGUGCAGUCUGUCUCGAUGGGGGAGUACCUUGAAACUCUGAGGGCGGAAUCGAUUGGCAGGUGGAUCUGA